CAAAAGGACCCACGAGUGCUGCUGGACUGGUGCCUCUGGGAGCAGUGGGGAUCGUUGGGGCGUGGGCUGUAGCUGUAGAUUGUAGCUGCCGUGUGAAGAACUUCCAGGGAACCCUGGAGAGGCAGCGUUGCCAAAUCCUUCAAGAAGGAAGAUCCUGGGAGGAGCAUCAGAGACUGCUGGGAUAGCCCAAAUGCCCCUGCACUUUCCACUUGCAGCAAUGCAGAUAUAUUCCGCCGAAUAAAUGCCAUGUUGGACAACUCCUUGGAUUUCAGUGGAGUCUGCACCACGCCUGUCACAAAAAGUAAAUGUGACACCCUACCAGACAUCCAGGACUCUGAAGAAGCAGUGGCAAGCAGGAUGCUUUUCCCCACGUCCACGCAAGAGUCUUCCCGUGGCCUCCCAGACACCAACGAUCUGUGCCUUGGCCUGCAGUCCCUCAACCUGACAGGGUGGGACAGACCCUGGAGCACCCAGGACUCUGACGCUGCAGCACAAACCAGCACACAGUCCGUUCUCAGCAUGCUGAGUAACCCUCUCGGGAAUGUCCUGGGGAAGCCCCCACUGAGUUUCCUGCCUCUAGACCCCAUUGGUUCAGACCUGUCAGAAAAGUUUUCCACGCCGUCGCUGAGGAACUCCCGGUCCCUCCUGGACUCCCGCUCCAGCAGCCCCUCGGACUCUGACACCAGUGGGUUCAGCUCUGGCUCCGACCACCUCUCAGACUUGAUCUCAAGCCUUCGCAUCUCCCCACCUCUGCCCUUCCUGCCUCUCGGUGGGGUGUCAAGAGAACCCCUGAAGAUGGGAGUGGGAUCCCAGCUGGAUCAAGAUCAAGCUGCCCUGGCUGCAGUAACUUCCUCCCCAGCCAGUGCAUCGAAAAGAUGGCCUGGAGCAUCUGCGUGGCCUUCCUGGGAUCUUCUGGACUCUCCGGAAGACCCCUUCAGUAUCGAAAGAGAAGCCCGGCUUCAUCGGCAAGCAGCAGCUGUGAACGAAGCAACCUGCACCUGGAGCGGGCAGCUGCCUCCCCGAAACUACAAGAACCCUGUUUACUCCUGCAAAGUGUUCCUGGGAGGAGUCCCAUGGGACAUCACAGAAGCUGGGCUGAUCAACACUUUCCGUGUUUUUGGCUCCCUGAGUGUGGAGUGGCCCGGUAAGGAUGGCAAACACCCACGCUGUCCUCCCAAAGGUAAUAUGCCUAAAGGAUACGUGUACCUGGUGUUCGAGUCCGAGAAGUCGGUGCGUGCUCUGCUCCAAGCAUGUUCCCAGGACCUGCUGAGCCCCGACGGGCUCAGUGAGUACUACUUCAAGAUGUCCAGCCGCAGGAUGCGCUGCAAAGAGGUGCAGGUGAUCCCGUGGGUCCUGGCCGACAGCAACUUCGUGCGCAGCCCAUCACAGCGGCUCGACCCCAGCAAGACGGUGUUCGUGGGGGCCCUGCACGGGAUGCUCAACGCAGAGGCCCUGGCAGCCGUCAUGUAUGACCUGUUUGGAGGGGUGGUCUACGCUGGCAUCGACACGGACAAGCACAAGUAUCCCAUUGGGUCAGGACGUGUCACCUUCAACAACCAGCGCAGUUACCUGAAGGCUGUGACCGCUGCAUUUGUGGAGAUCAAAACCACCAAGUUUACUAAGAAGGUUCAGAUCGACCCUUACCUGGAGGACUCCAUGUGCCAAGUCUGCAGCUCCCAGCCCGGCCCAUUCUUCUGCAGAGACCAAAUCUGCUUCAAGUACUUCUGCCGCUCCUGCUGGCACUGGCAGCACUCCAUGGAGGUCCUGCGCCACCACCGCCCGCUGAUGCGCAACCAGAAGAACAGGGACUCCUCCAGCUAAAGGGCGCCGGGGCCGCCGCAGGCGCAGGGGAGUCCCUUGGAGAACCUGCCGAGUGGGGAGCAGGGAAGCGCCUGCCGGAGCCAGGCCCGGCUGGGAACGUUCUUCCUGAGGACUGACGGGGAAAAAAAAACAAAACAAAACAAAAAAAAAAAAACAACAACAAAUCUUACAUUCAUGUUUGCACUUGCUGGUCUUUUUGUUUCUGCACUAAUGCACAGUGAGUUUUGUUGGGGUUUGUUUGGGGGUGUUUUGAGUGGGGGGGAGCGCCCCUCAAGCCAUUCUGCAGUUCCCAGACUUUGGUUCCUGGUUUGCUGACGAGAAGCAAAAAUUGAAAAUGAAGAAAACCCAACCAACCAAGGGCCACGUGUCGCGGGGGUGUCGCCGCAGGCACCUCCGCCUCAGUUUUUUUAUUUUUUAAAGGCGCUUUUUUACAUUCCUUGCAAUACUGGUGGAGAGAGCGCAGGUCUCAUUGGUCAUUGUUUUGCCGUUGCCAUACAGUGCCUUUCCAUUCAUUUACCCCCACCUGGACGGCGUGACCUGGGUGUUCAGCUGGCGUUUUUUACUGUAACAACAAAGGAGACUUUGCUCUUCAUUUAAACCAAAUCAUAUUUCAUAUUUUACGCUCGAGGGUUUUUACGAGUUCCUUUUUACACUCUUAAAAACAGUUUUUAAGUCGUUUGAAACGAGAGAUUUUUUUCUUUCCUGGCAGCUUUUAACAUUAUUGCAAUUUGUGUCUGGGGGCUGCUGGCGGGACGUUGUAAAUCAAGAGGUUUGCAACGGGACAGGCCGGGCUUUGUUUUUGUUUUUGGAUUUGAAACUGGAUGGGAUGAUGAUCUCUGAGCUGCUGUAUAUAGUUUUAAAAUAGUUUGUUGCACUUUUUUAAGUUGCACUUACGGGGGGUUGAUAGAGGUUUUUAAUCACACAAAGUCACAGGACUUAAACCUUUUCUUUUUGUAACAAGCUAAAAAAGGGCUGCGUUUCGGUGGACGAUUAAGGUUCCUGGGAGCCCUUUCUCUUAGAGGGGACAAGUAAUUUUCCAUUCCUUCCCGAGAUGUUUGGAGUAACAGUGCAGUCGACUGAAAUGCUGCUGCUGGGAUUUGAGACCUUUAAUUAUGCCGAUUAUUAUUUUCUUUUUUUUUUGUUACUUCCCCCUCUAUCGGAAGCUGUGUGCCAAAGAACCAGUGUCAUAAUUUCUCCCUCUUUAUUAUGAUGAUUUUUUUUUUUUCUUUCCUGCUGAGCUGAUGUUGCAUUGUUGCAUAUCCCAGCUGCUCUUUGUGGGGUUUUGUGAAGCUGUUUGUGAAGUCUCUACCUCAUUGUAGUAUAUGCAGGCAAGACUGCACUCUCCUACAGACGCGUGGAGUAAGCUGUGGUGUAGUUUUUGGCACAUAAUAAACACGUUGCAGCAAAAAAAAAAA